UGUGGACGUGGGCCCCGCCCUCGCCACUUUGCCUCUGCGGUCGCCCAACCAACCAACCAACCAACCCAGCCAGCCAGCCACCCGCGCCUUGGCAAUGAUUAACUAACCCAGCGGCGUCGGCGUCACCUGCCUUAACCUGAGUCAGGCUUCGGGAAGAGCCUCAGAGGGAAGAAAGGAGAGGGAGAAAGGAAGGAAGGAGAAAGGAUCCCGAGAGCAAGAGCCGCCUCUUCGCUCUUGACGUCUGGAACCGGCUGGGCGAGGAAGGCAGGCGGAGGAGGAGGAGGAGGAGGAGGAGGAGGAGGAGAGAGCGGGGCAGGUCUUUCUUCUUGCCUUCCUUUCUUCCCGAGCGGCCAAAAAGAAAGGAGAGAAGGAAGGAAGGAGAGGAAGGAGAGCCAUGGCUUAGCAGCGAAGGGUUGAUCCUGCCUUUGGGUGUUGCUUUGGGGGCCCGGAGGGGCUUUGGCGCAGCGCUGGAGGGCGAGGAGCAAGGAGGGAGAGAAGCCCCCGCCGCCGCCGCCUCUGCAGGGAAGGAUGGUGAAAAGUUGAAGUGCCAAACGCCAUAAUGAGUGUGACGUCAUGGUUUCUGGUGAGCAGUGCGGGCAUUCGCCACCGACUCCCUCGGGAGAUGAUAUUUGUUGGCAGAGAAGACUGCGAGCUGAUGCUCCAGUCUCGCAGCGUGGAUAAGCAGCAUGCUGUUAUCAACUACGACAAGGAGAAAGAUGAGCAUUGGGUGAAGGAUCUGGGAAGCUUAAAUGGGACUUUUGUGAAUGACGUACGGAUUCCUGACCAGAAGUACAUCACGUUAAAACUGAAUGAUGUGAUCCGCUUCGGCUAUGAUGCUAAUAUGUAUGUUUUAGAACAAAUCCAGCAUAAAGUCCCAGAAGAAGCACUGAAGCAUGAGAAGUACACCAGCCAGCUUCAGAUGAGCUUUAAAGGCACAGCGGUGAAAAGGGCGGAGCAGCCAAUGGAGCAGAGUGGAGAUCCUGAGUCAUCCCAGGCCAAGCUGGAGAAAGGAGAGAAGAAAGCUACUACAGAGACAAAUACUUACCGCACACCCCUUUAUGGCCAGCCAUCGUGGUGGGGAGAAGAUGAUGCCAAUAAUAAGUUGGAAUCAACAGAUGAAAGAAGGGUAGAAGAACAGUAUUCAGAGAGAACAAAAGACAUAGUUCAACAUGAAGAAGAAAUCAAUGGCAAUAUCACUGGAUACAAGGAUUCGCAAGGUGAUGCUUUGUAUGCAUUCCGACGAGAACCUAGUUACUUUGAAAUCCCAACAAAGGAAUUCCAACAGCCGGUGAAAUCUCCAGAGGCACAGGUCCACGAAAUCCCCACCAAAGACGUUGAUGCAGCUGUGCUGCCAGUUGUACAGAGCCACGCUUCGUUCACGAUUGAGUUUGAUGAUUGCACCCCGGGCAAAAUCAAGAUAAAAGAUCACGUCACCAAAUUUUCACUCAGGCAGAGACGGAACCUCGGCAAGGAAGCCGGUCACGUAGAAAUGAUCUCGGCAGAGAACAAAGUGGCGGAUUGGCUGGUCCAGAAUGAUCCGAGUCUCAUAAGAAGGCAGUCACCAGGAGAUGAUGUAUACAGUACCAAAAGUGACCUCCCAGUUCAUGUGAAGACUCUGAAGGGUAACAGACAUGAAGAUGGGACGCAGAGUGACUCUGAAGACCCAGUAGUGCCCAAACCAGAGAAGGAGACACCAACUAACGACCAUAUAACUGAGCAAGCCAGGCUCCAGCGCCAAAUUCGACGUGACCCCCAGGAGCUGCUCCAUAACCAGCAGGCUUUUGUCAUAGAGUUCUUUGAUGAUGACACGCCCCGGAAGAAAAGAUCACAGUCUUUUACCCACUCUAGUCAGACCGAUAUGGAUCCCACCUUGAAGACCAAAGUUGAGAAACGCAAGAUUAACGUGCCUGCUGAGAAGCCAGGGAAUUCUCUGCCGCCACAGCAUUUGCCCACUGGAGGAUCCAAAGGGCCAGUCAACUCCUUCACCACUCCAAGAGCUGGUUCGUUUAAGAGAGAGAAGACCGAGGAGAGAGCAAAUUCAUCUUCCUCUUCCACGUCGAAGGCAUCUGUAAAGAGCCAUGGCAGCGUUGGGCGGAAGUCGAAAAUCUCUCAGGACUUUGCUGCUGAAUGUUUACGGGAGAGCUCCCAGUCUGUGAAAGCCAACACAGAGAAGCCACCCCCAAUGCCACCUCCACUCACUCCACGGGUAGUCGUAGCUCCUCCAGCCCCAGAACCAGUCCCAUUGUUAGUUGCUGAUCCUAAGCUGAUGAAGGCUAGAAAGCAUGAAGAAGAGGACAGCUUGAGCGAAACUGGCACCUACACCAUUGAAACAGAGACACAGGAUAAAGAAGUAGAAGAAGCUCGAAAGAUGAUUGAUCAGGUUUUUGGUGUUUUGGAAUCUCCCGAAUUUUCAAGAAUGUCUUCAACCUUCAGGCCUGUUAUAAAAGGUGAAAAAGAAGAAUUGGGAUCCCAUCAUUUGAUCGGCGAGAAUGGCUCCGGCCCAAAGAUUACUAUGAUGCAGGUCAUCGCUUCCAAAGUGGCUAGUGGGCAUCACGCAGACAUGCAGUUACCGCCUUCCUCUCCGGUUGGACAGAAAUGGGUAUCAAGAUGGGCAAGCCUUGCAGAUAGUUAUACAGACUCAGGAUCUUCUCCUAGCACUGGAGAAACCCCUCUGCAGCCCUCUCAGGCCGGAAUAGAGAAAGACUCCAGUUUUAGAGUGGGAGACACUGAGAACUCCAUUGCAGCACGGACAAGACGGCUUCUUCCUCAGCUCCCUCCUGGUGACAAAUCCGAAAGCCCAACACCAACCAUAUUAAUUUGUCAAGAGCCUUACACGGAGGCACCUCCAAGAAAUACUGGUAUUUCUGACCAAGGGACAGAAAUGUACCUAGAUCCUUCCAGUCGACUGUUAAUUCAGGAAGAUUUGGAUCCUGAUAGCCUUAGUGAUGCAAGCAAAUCUGAUGAUGGUUUUGGCUUGGAAAAAGGCAGGAAAGGCCCAGAUGGCACCAAAGUUUCAGAACAGACAAAGGCUGAAAAUUCAAAAUCCAAAAAUCGUCAGCACAUGGUGCCAAGGCUUUCUGGCCUAAGAGCAUCAAGCGAUCCUCUGUCUACAUCUUUCUAUAUUGGAGAUGAGGAAGAAGAGAUAGGGGUUCCUUCAAAGCUUCCUUCCAGCACCUCACCUUCUCGAACAGACAAGGAGGAGACUUCUUUCAAAUCUGGAAAGCCAGCUGUCAAGGGGGUUAGCAAUACCUACAUUAGCUCAAAUGGUAAAAUGGUGAUUUCAUUACACCAGGGUCUUCCUCUUCCACCGCAGGAAGUUGCAGCUACAAAAGAAACAUCUUCUUUUGUUCGGCAGGAAAGCUUUACCAAAGAGAAAUCAAGCAGCAGUGUUCCUCAGAACAGGCUACCGCAUAUUUCAAGCCACCCUCUGCUUAAGGAUCUCGAUGUCGCCCGUGCAAAUCGUAUGGAUUAUAAUCAGGACACCCACCUUCUCCUUAAAGAUACUGAAACUGCUCUGGCAGCAUUGGAAGCCAAAAUCCUCUGCCAAACUCACCAGCUUGAAGUUCCCGAAAAUACUCUGGGCCAGUUAGAAGACUCUUUAUCUGGAGAAUCAGAUGUGGACACAGCUAGCACUGUCAGCUUGGUGAGUGGCAAAAACCUUCCAAGCCAUCCUCCAAAGCGUAAGCCUGUGACCACUUUGCAAAAAGAGAAGUCUUCUUCUGCACCAUCUGUCCAAGACCAGAAUGUUCAACCGAGCGCACGCGAACGGCUUUCAGAGAAACGGAAAACUCUGCCUCUCGAGAUAGGAAACAAAAGUGAGAAUACAAAACGUUUCCAAGUAAAACGCGGCACAGGGACGGGUGGGUCUCUGGAUUACACAGAUGAUGAACGGAGUGGGAGUCACCCAUAUUCACCAGCAAGUGAAAUAGCCUCCUCAGACCAAGAGCAAAGCACCUCGAGGUCUAUCUCCAGAAAGAAGCCUUUCUCGCAGUCCACCAAAGAAGAGCAUAGCAAAGUCACACCAACAGUGCAAAAGAUCCAACAAGUCCUCACUAGGUCCAAUAGUUUAUCUACUCCAAGACCCACGAGAGCCUCAAAACUCCGCCGUGCUCGAUUGGGAGACACUUCAGAUAAUGAGAGCGCCGAUACUGAAAAGGCUUCUCCUCACGAGGGCAACGGAGCACCUUCCAAGCAACCAGCAGAGACCAAAAAAUUGUCAAGGCUGGACAUCCUUGCCAUGCCAAGGAAACGGGCAGGGUCUUUCACUGUGCCAAGUGACUCCGAAAGUGCCCCACCAAGACAGACAUUCUCUGGGCGCAGCGCGGAGUCUUAUUAUUCCACCCGAAAGCCCCCCGUUUCUGAAGCUAGAAAUGCUGCAAGGAAAACGGCAGCAGCAGUUGCUGCUUCAAAGCAGGCUUUUACCAGGACACGCUCAAGCAGUGUCAAGUACUCCUCGUCUUCCACUUCGAGGCGGCGACAACAGGGCUCAGAUUAUACUUCCACUUCCGAUGAAGAGUACGGCUCAAACCAGAGCUCCCCUAAACACAAACGCUCCCAUACUUCAACAGCCACCCAGACGCCCCGUGCCCGAGCCUCCGGGCUGAAUAAGCAGAAGCACAGCAACAGCAGGGAAACGGAAGACGAAGAUUUUGAUGAGCACGAUCCCUACAACUUCAUGGCGCAGACGGCGGAGAUUGCAGAAAUAGCCAGGUUGAGCCAGACUUUGGUGAAGGAUGUAGCAAUUCUUGCUCGAGAGAUUCAUGAUGUUGCUGGAGAUGGAGAUUCCCAGAGUUCAUCUGGAACUGGACCAAGCACCUCCCAGAGUUCUGUGCCUAACACCCCUGCGUCUACAAUAUCAGCAAGGGAAGAGUUUCACAUGGACCUUUUACUGCCUAUCGCUCAUUCAUCUUUGCGGGCAGCAAUUUCAUCUCAGAGAUCCAGGAGCAGAGCCAGAGGGCACAGUAAAGUUGUAAGCAGGAUGUCAAGUACAGCUCCACAGCUUCUGAAAAAACACAGUAGUGGGUUGGUCCAACACAUACCAGAAGCAAGUCUGAACUACCAGAAGGUGCCUCCUGGGUCAAUGGGAUUCCAUGAUUUUGACCAAAAUAUGAAUGACAGUCGAGAGGAAGAUCUCACAAGAAAAACAAGGAUAAGAAACAGGGAAGAAGUAAUCUUUGAUAACUUGAUGCUAAAUCCAGUGUCCCAGUUAUCCCAUACCAUCCGGGAAAAUACAGAGAGCCUGGCAGAGAAAAUGAAAAUUCUGUUCCAGAAUACUGAGCGAACGUGGGAGGAGAUGGAAGCCAAAAUAAAUUCUGAAAACGAAGUGCCAAUUCUAAAGACCUCGAACAAGGAAAUAAGCUCUAUUCUGAAGGAGCUGCGCAGAGUCCAGAAACAACUUGAAGUUAUAAACGCGAUCAUUGACCCAAGUGGAAACUUGGAUAUCCUUGCCAAUAAUAAAACAUCCUCUGCUACGUCACACUCUGCGGCUGCUAAAGUCAGGACUGCUAACAACAUUUCAGGGCCCAUGUUGGAGGCGUUAUCCCCUGCCAAGAAAAGAAAUUAUGUACAGAAAUCGAACUUUGUUCCUAAUAGCCUGCAGGAUGGUACGGUGUUUGUUCCAGAUGGGGAGAAAUACGUCAUCUGAUGGAAUAUUUUCUAGUGCUUAUCCUCUUGUAUGUAAUCUUCCGUGGUGUUAGUAUUGUGUACGAGUGGUUGUGGGCAAGUCUGCGUGGAGCAGUUGUUUAGAUUGCUAACACAUUGCACAAAAUGGGAAAGAAAUAGGUACAAUCUAUGCUGUGUGCGGGGUGAGUGGAAGCUCUCUAUAGAUGCCUUUUGUGAGGGGGGUGGGAAGAAACUAGCACUGUGGAACAGCACAUACUCAGCAUAGAAGCAGGCUCCGAUUUUAAUAGAAAGCUACCGAUGCAUCAUUCCUCCAAUGUGCCAUAGCAAAACGAGCUUUGCGUAUUUUUCACUCCAUACUGCCGAAACACUACUACGUUCUUGUAUCUAGCUUGUUCAUAGCUGCCUGUUUAGUUGUAUAGAGGCUCCAUUUUGAAAAUGUACCUUCUUGCAGGGGGCAGUGAGGGGGGAGGGGGCUGCUGGUGCUGUAUAUUUAUUUUUUAAACUAGCAGAGCAUUCAAUCAUUCGACCAGAAUUUACAUUUUAUUGUCAGGUUAAGUGACGCAGCAAAGGAAGGUUCGUUUUACGAAAGCAGUGACUUUCAUCCCUUUUUCAAGGAGGAAACAAAGAUGACAUUGAUUCAUUCCCCGUCCAAACAGAUGGCUUUCACUAUUCCUCUGGGAACGGUAAUUAAAAAGUGCAGAUGAUGGAGAGCCAGUAAAUAAGUUUGCAUCUUGGUUUUCCAUAUGCUCCUUUAGCUGAGCGGUUCCAAAUAUAGAGGUCUAGAGGAGACAAAUCAAUGAAUGGCCAGGAUUUUGUCUAACAAGGUUGCCAGUCUGAAGCCAUUUCACGGUAUUUGCUGGGAAACAAAGCUCUGGUGUAGUCCUAAUCUCUUUUUAAUACAACCAACAGGGUCCUCAUUUACUGCAUAUCAUUCCAGAGAGAGUAAAAGAAAUUGUUCCAUGUGUGGGCAGUGACAGAUGGUUGAAAAUGAGACACUUCUCCACCCCUUCCAUUCCUCUAAAUGCCAUUGAUAUCCUUAAGAGGAAACUUUGGCCCUCCAGGUGUUUUGGACUUCAACUCCCACAAUUCCUAACAGCCAGUAGGUUGUUACAAAUUGUGGGAGUUAAAGUCCAAAACACCUGGAGGGCCAAAGUUUGCCCAGGCCUGCUUAAGAGCAUAAUUGUACAGGUCACUCCUUCCACUCAGAGAGGUCCUGUAUUGAGCAGUAGUAGAAGUGGGCUUAGCUCCACCUCCUGCUGGCUCCAGGAUUUUGGAGGCCUUGGGCAAAGCAUGACCAGCCAAGCCAGGCUUAAACUUGUAAGUAUGGAGUGCCCAAACUAAGCAUCUUCUAGUGCUGCCUCUUGGAUGCUCCAUGCUAAAAUGAGAAUAGCAACACUAUUGAGCCAGUGGUCCCUAUGCUGCUCUUUGGCCUCUCGCCAAUGCCCAACUUGCCAUGAGCUGGAAGAUGCCCAAGCACAAUCAUAGCAACUUAUACAAUAUCUGUGCUUUCACACUAUAGACUAGAUAUAAAAAAAUAUCAGGGAUAAUGUUCAAAUUGCUUAGCUUACAGGAACAUGGAAGUCCAGAGAUCUUAGAAAUAUUCCAUCUGAUAUUUCCUUAGGUGGGAUUCAUAGUUUCAACCUAGUGUAUACUCUGUCUUGAUGUUGGUUAACGUAUUUCCUUCAGUACUCAAUGUACUAUCGUUGCUUCAAAACGUUUGCACCACAAUGAAUAAAAAAUUUGCUUUGAGGGUCAAGGGUACACAAGCAAAGCAUGGAUGGUGAAUCACUUUCAGAGGAAGAGCUUAAGCCUCACUUCUUUUCUAACACUGGUGCCAUCUUGCUACUGUUGAAUUCAAAUGUGCGAUUUCUAUUUGGCUUAGGAGAAUUAAAUAUGUCAGGGCUGAUGUUUAAAUACAGUAUUACUAGUAUGGCUUGACUGUUAAUAUUCAGCCUAAUGCCAAGAAUAUUUUUUCAGCAAUUCUGAGAUGUCUGCUGUUAGAAUACCAGAUUCCCCCCCCCCCCCCAAUUAAAACAUGGUUUUCUACUUCUAUUUGCCAAAUCAGUGCUGGUUUGUUGUUGAACAGUAUCUCACAGCAAUCUAACCUGUAGCUAGGGAGCAUCACAAGUUGUCCAUCCUUGUUAUCAUCAAUGGAGGUAACCUCUCUAGUUUUAACUUGAGCUUAGCUUUUGGAAUAUGCUUGAAAUGCCAUAGCUCACUGGCAGAGUAGAUGGUAAGUAUGCAGACGUUCCAAGGUUCAAUACUUGGCUUCUCCAGCAAAGACAAUAACAGAUAGCAUGGUUGAGAAAACCAAGGAUUGGAAAACUCAAUUUUUGAAACUAGAAUUCCCAACUAAUGUGGCCAAACUGCUUAGACUUUGGAGACUUACUUUGAGGCAAGGUGGACAUGGAUCAAUAGGACAAGACAUUUUCCAGUGAGGGAAAGUAAAUCCCUUUAAGAAUGAUCAGUGAUAGAACUAGUGGGAGAAUUCUGGGAGUUGUAGUCCAAAGAAGUAACUUGUCUAAGAUCUAAUUGCUGAUUUGUGGCAGGUUGAGAGACAUGUUAGUUCAUGGGACCAAGGAUGGGUGGAUGAAGUCUGUAAAUGUUUCUAAUAGAGAAGAUAAGUUUAUUAUCUUCAAACUUCCAUAAUCUAAGAUAGUAGAGGUCAAACUGUCCAGUCAGAUGAAGAAAACACCCCUUAUAGAAAAUCCAGCACAUUCAAAUUCAUUUCGUUUUGUGACGUGUAUCUUUCUUAGAUACAGUGCCCCCCAAUAUCUCCUGGGAUUCAGUUCUAGAACUACCAAAGGUGCCAAAUUAAUGGAAGCUCAAAUUUCAUUAUAUACAACGACAUAGUAAAAUGGCACCCCUUAUGAAAAUGUUUGUGUGUGUUUUUUUUAAUUUUUGUCUCUGAAUAUUUUUGAGUCAUUGGAGGUUGAAUCCAUGGAUCCAUGGAUCCGGAAUCUGUGGAUACAGAAGACCAACUGUACAUGGCUUUGAGGAGCUAAAAAAAACCCCAAAAACAUAAAUGCUUUUAUUAGCUGGAGAGGGUUGCCAAAAGGCAGAGCUCCAGGUUCAUUUAUUCCCCCACUUUUAAUCCCAUAUGGUACUUAUAUGAUAUUGCUGGACUACAAAUCCCAGAAUCUUUAAGUUAACUGAGAGAUUCAGGGCACUGUAAGCACCCCCCACCCCAAAUGUGGGAAGCUAUUUUCUGGCUGUACGGUUGUCAGUGGCAUAUAGUCAAUGUAUGAAACUACAUGAUCAAACACUUUAGUUCGUAAUGAAUUUAAAGCUGGCCAUAAUCAGGUGAAUUCAUAAUAACAUCCACCUAUUUUUAGCUUGAUGGGUUGUUGCCUGAUAAUUUUUCAUUCAUAAUCCUUGAUUCAUUUCUUCAGGAAUAUGCCAACAGUUGUUCAACUUACUUCAAAUGGACAGGGCACAAGGGUGGCUGCAUUACACAACCUUGCCCUCACACAAUUCUUUACCAGAAUAGAGAGCAACAUUACACAUUUGUUCUCUUAUGUAAACCUGUGGUCUUUGAGGUUGAGGUAUUUUGUGUGCUAGAAUCUAUACCAAUAGUAUGUUCUCAUGUGAAUAUUCAGUGAGUCUGGAGGAUUGUUAGGGUUUCUGAAUGAUAAUGAUCUAAUCCAAUUGUCCUGCUGCACACAGCAUCAUAUAUCAAUCCAAACUAUGCCUAGUAUGUUCUCUAUUUCAGUUUGGUCUGUCUUGUGUCAGGCGCAGGUAAGUCAAAGAGGAAGCCACGGGACUCUAAUCUUUCCCUGGUUUGAGUCAUUCAAAAGCAGUGGUUCUCAACCUGUGGGUCCCCAGGUCUUUUGGCCUACAACUUCCAGAAAUCCCAGCCAGUUUACUAGCUGUUAGGAUUUCUGGGAGUUGAAGGCCAAAACAUCUGGGGACCAAGAGAGUUGAGAACGAAUGCUCUAAAGGGAUGGGGAACAUUUGACCUGCUAGAUCAGUGGUUCUCAACCAGUUGGUCCCUAGGUGUUUCGGCUUACAACUCCCAGAAAUCCCAGCCAGUUUACCAGCUGUUAGAAUUUCUGGGAGUUGAAGGCCAAAACAUCUGGGAACCCACAGAUUGAGAACCACUGUGCUAGAUGUUUUGGACUACAACUCCCACUAUACCUUAUUGUUGGCCAAGGUGGAUGAGCUAAUGGGACCUGUAGACCCAGGCAUCCAGAGGGCCAAUGAUAUCCCAUCUCUGCUGUAAAGCAUAUGUAUUUUUCCAGCCUAACACUGCAUGCAGUGUGUCAACCCUUCAUCUGAGACUUUUGAAUGAUCCAAAUCCAAUUUAUUUUAAGGAUCAUGACUUUCUAGUUGUUCAGGGUUUACUUGGUUUUCUUUUUGAGUGUUACGCCUGUGUUAUUGCAUGUUUUGUUUUUAAAUUAAACUUCUACAUUUGACUGGUGAUUCAGGGGAAUAAAAAGCCAUUGAAUUUCAGUGGUGGAUUGGGUGUCUGGUUGCCUCAGGAUUCCUUCUGAAGAGUUCAGGCUUCGUUCUAUAAGCUUGACAAGGAAAGUUUCUUUCAUGAUCAUUGUAAAAAAUCUUGUUUUAUUAUACUAGAAUGAAUGUAAAUCCUUGAAAGAAUGCUCAUCCUCUUUGAGAAAAUAAUGUGUCAUUCUUAUGCUGCUAAAUUAAGUGGCAAGCCAAGGGCCAGUUUUAUACUGGUCAGAGUCUUUGCAUGAGUUUGAACUGAUGCUUGUUGUUUCCUAAAGACUGAGGUCAAACUACAAGAGUUGGUGAACUCUGCAUUUAGAAGUGGUGCUCCUUUAAGUGUUGAAAGAUUUAUAUUUGUCCUAAUAGGAUAUUUUUUUAAUUGCAGCAUCUUGUAGAUCAGCUUUCUUUUAUGACUGGUCAUCAGAAGUUAAAUAUGAGCUUCAUCUGCAAAAGACUGAUAAUCAGGAACCAGUUUCAGGAUCACCUGGAUGUAAAUGUGGGCUACAUUUGCAGUGACAGGUCAUCAGGAGCUCAUUUUCAGGUUCACCUGGAUGUAAACACAAGCUCCAUUUGCAAUGAUGGUGAUCAGAAGCCCUUUUCAGGGUCACCUAAAGCUAAACAUGGGCUUCAGUAGCAAGUCUUAUCCCUUAGGCAUGAAGCUCUGUAGUAAUCCUAUCACUGGAAAUCUAAUGUACUAUCAGUUCCUCGUUGCAAGCUAUCCCUUUUGUGCAGUUUAGCCCUCAGUGUAGGUCUGGAGUGGGUUAACAUGUUUGGAAGUGAAUGGCCCCAAGUCAUCUUUAAACGAAUUAAUGACAAUGUUUUCUCUGAAUGUUUACAGAUAACCUACUUUAAAAAAAAGAUGUACAAGUGCAAGAUGCUACUGAGUUUUUAUUUUGUUAAAUGGUCGCGAGGUUUGUUUGUUUUCUUUCUCAAAUCCAGCAAAUUCACACAUGACUUUUGCAGCUGUAAAAAGUACAUUAACUACCUGUUCACUUUCUGAUGUGCCCCGUGCUGAAUUGUGCCUAAAUAACCUGCUGUUGUUAUGCUGCUGAAAAUAUUUUCUGCUGUUCAAAAAAUACACACAAAUAUGUCCACCAGAUCAUCCAUUCCAUCUGCAUGCUUCACAAACGCAAGCUGAGCUGUAUGAAAGUAUAGCUGAAAUUCAACUUUGUAUAAGUCUAAACUGUUUAAAUGGAGUUAGGGAUUUUUUUGGUCUCUCUUUUCUUUCAUUUCCACAUGCCCCGUCAAAAUACGAUGUACAAUUUUAAGAUUCAUUGUUUCCCCAACCCCAAUUCAUAGACAGUGGGGCUUUCUUUUUCUCUUGUUUUUGGUUUUUGUUCAUGAUAAUUUAUUUUGUUUGGUUGUUAGGCAAUUUAUCUGUACAUUUUUGUUCCCAAGUGAUGAUGUGGAUGUCUUUCGAAACAAAAUAAAUGGUUAUUUUAUAUAAUUUUAUCAUAAA